AUGGAGUCCUGCUUCGACGUGGCGCUCUGCCAGCGCACCGGCUUCAGGGUCUACGUGUACCCGCAGCAGAAGGGCGAGAAGAUCGCCGAGAGCUACCAGAACAUCCUGGCCGCUAUCGAGGGCUCGCGCUUCUACACCUCGGACCCCAGCCAGGCCUGCCUCUUCGUGCUCAGCCUGGACACGCUGGACCGGGACCAGCUGUCCCCGCAGUACGUGCACAACCUGCGCGCCAAGGUUCAGGGCCUGCACCUGUGGAACAACGGCAGGAACCACCUGAUCUUCAACCUCUACUCCGGCACCUGGCCCGACUACACCGAGGACGUGGGCUUCGACAUCGGGCAGGCCAUGCUGGCCAAGGCCAGCAUCAGCACCGAGACCUUCCGGCCCCGCUUCGACGUGUCCAUCCCGCUCUUCUCCAAGGACCACCCCAGGACAGGGGAAGAGGUAGCUCACGGGGAUCGGCUCCGACCCCCGGCAUGCCUUAUACCACGUGACACCAGGAAGGCCUUAUACCACGUCCACAACGGGGAGGACGUUGUCCUCCUGACCACCUGCAAGCAUGGCAAGGACUGGCAAAAGCACAAGGACUCGCGCUGCGACAGGGACAACAGCGAGUACGAGAAGUAUGAUUAUCGUGAAAUGCUGCACAAUGCCACUUUCUGUUUGGUUCCCCGUGGCCGCAGGCUUGGAUCCUUCAGGUUUCUGGAAGCCUUGCAGGCUGCCUGUGUCCCAGUUAUGCUCAGCAAUGGAUGGGAAUUGCCAUUUUCCGAAGUGAUUGAUUGGAAUCAAGCUGCCGUCAUUGGGGAUGAGAGAUUGUUAUUACAGAUUCCUUCUACAAUCAGGUCUAUCCAUCAGGAUAAAAUCCUAGCACUUAGACAGCAGACACAGUUCUUGUGGGAGGCUUAUUUUUCUUCAGUUGAGAAGAUUGUAUUGACUACACUAGAGAUUAUUCAGGACAGAAUAUUUAAGCACAUAUCACGUAACAGCUUAAUAUGGAACAAACAUCCUGGAGGGUUAUUUGUACUGCCACAGUAUUCCUCAUAUCUGGGAGAUUUUCCUUACUACUAUGCUAAUCUAGGUCUGAAGCCUCCCUCUAAGUUCACUGCAGUUAUCCAUGCAGUAACUCCCUUGGUUUCCCAAUCUCAGCCCGUGCUGAAACUCCUGGUUGCUGUAGCCAAGUCCCAGUACUGUGCACAGAUCAUUGUUUUAUGGAACUGUGACAAACCCCUCCCAGCCAAACACCGCUGGCCUGCCACUGCUGUGCCUGUCAUCGUCAUCGAAGGGGAGAGCAAGGUUAUGAGCAGCCGCUUCCUACCCUAUGACAACAUAGUCACGGAUGCAGUGCUAAGCCUUGAUGAGGACACUGUGCUUUCAACCACUGAGGUGGAUUUUGCCUUUACAGUAUGGCAAAGCUUUCCAGAGAGGAUUGUAGGGUACCCUGCUCGCAGUCACUUUUGGGACAAUACUAAAGAGAGAUGGGGAUAUACAUCCAAAUGGACUAAUGACUAUUCCAUGGUAUUGACAGGAGCUGCUAUUUACCACAAAUAUUAUCACUACCUGUACACUCAUUACCUGCCUGCCAACCUAAAAAAUAUGGUGGACCAACUGGCCAAUUGUGAAGACAUUCUAAUGAAUUUUUUGGUGUCAGCUGUGACAAAAUUGCCUCCUAUCAAAGUAACACAGAAAAAACAAUAUAAGGAGACCAUGAUGGGACAGACUUCCAGGGCUUCCCGCUGGGCUGACCCCGAUCAUUUUGCCCAGCGGCAGAGCUGUAUGAACACUUUUGCCAGCUGGUUUGGCUAUAUGCCGCUGAUCCAUUCUCAGAUGAGGCUUGACCCUGUCCUCUUUAAAGAUCAGGUCUCCAUUCUGAGGAAGAAAUAUCGAGACAUUGAACGACUUUGAGGAGCCCUGCUGAGGGGACUGAACUAUACUAUCUGCCCAGUGCAGAUCUACUGACACUUGGAGCCAGACUGUACCAAGGACAAAAGUACAUGCAAAUGGAAAGCUGACUUGUGGCUCCUUAAGGAUUCAUUGCUCUGGACUGAUUCAAACCACCUCACGGGCUACUGUCGCUCAAGACUAGGUUGUGUACAGUUUCAUUAUGGAACAUUAAAUAAUUAUUUUUGAAAUGAUUGCUAUGCAGGUUUAAACUUUUUUAAUGAUCAAAAAACUAUUAAAAACAGAGUUCUUUCUUUAAUCAAAA